CGUUCCUUGACCUCCAUCGGGUCGGUCCUCACACUGAGGCUGAUCCCAGAGCUGCUGGACGCUCCGCUCAGAGAGACGGCAGUGACGGUGCCGCGGGAGCCGCAGGAGCACAGCAGCUCCUCCCCGAGCAGCGGGUCCUCCUCCGAGUACGAUGAGGCCGACUCCUGGGACUGUUUCCAGCACUACAGCCCCACGGAGGAGGAGGAGGAGGAGGAGACCGAGGAGGAGUACGAUCCUUUCCCAGAGCGAGAGCAAAUCCCAGAGUCUUAUCCCAAACUCCACCUGGAUGAGGAGGAGGAGGAGGAGAUGACGUUAGGGGAGGAGGAGGAAGAGGAGGAUGUGGAGUUGUUAGGAAGGAGGAGUGUUUUUGAAAGGAGUGUCAGCAGGCAGUCGGUCGCUUCCUCGGACGUUUCCUCCCAACACACUCCUCAGAGAGAGCGGAGGUUCAGCAAGGACAGCAGUCAGUCCCUCUACCUGUCCGAUGGAGAGGAAGGGUCAGGCAGUGAUGGGGGUCGAAUCCCUCGUGGCAGCGUCAUCCGAAGCACCUUCUACAGCACCUCCCACCAGCUGUCUCCCAUGUCCGCCAGACACAUGACGCUACGGGACAAGUUCAAGGCCAAGAAGCAGGAGAGGGGCCGCAAGCCUCUCCGGAGAAGCCUGUCCGGACGCCUGAACGAGCCUCUCAUCGAGUACGUGGAGGACGACCCGGAGACAAACCGUGGGCAGAGACGGGGGUCCGUGCAGCCCACCAUGCAGAAGUCCUGCUCCUUUGAUAGCGGGGUUAGCCUCCCCCACGCUAACGCCCCCCCUCACAGGAGGAGCAGGUCUCUGGACGAGUAUUCCCGAAGAUCUCCGAGCUCACCGAAGCCGGAUGAGGAGGAAGAAGGGUCUCAAAGUCUGAAGGAGGGGGAUUUGACCGAUGAUGAAGCCACUGGGAGGAACUUGUUGGCGAUCCCGAGUCCUCAACGACCCCCGAGAAGACGAGGCUCCAUCGCUCCGGUACAAAGUGGGUCUUCUGUUCCCUUAAGCUUCGUCGCUGGGAACAGAAGGAGGCUGGAUCCGGAUCAGCUACCCCGGGAAACCUUCGCCGGUUCCCAAGGGUCUCUGGCCGAAUCGUCUCUUCCGGAGCACGGUGGCUCCGAGUCCUCAAGUCGACUUGGCUCCUAUGAAGAGCUCAGCCAUGGUCUUAUGAGAGGAGGGAGAUGCAGAUCUGGGGAAAGUGAAGGGUACGACGAUCAAGGGGAGCCUCUGAGGCCCCCGUCGCCAUCUUCCUUCCAGGAGGUCAAACCCAGGAGUUCGUUCCCUCAAGCUCCACCACGAAAUCGCACCCGAUCCAACCCUAAUUUAUGCGGUCUAAUCCCAGCGAGUCCCAGUCCCAGCCUCUCGUCUCUUCAGGCUCCAGAGAGGCCCCCCAGAUCCAGAGACAAGAAAGAAAGUGGGGGUCUCCAGAGACAUGCAUCUGAUACAGCUCUGGAGCUCAGACCCCCGACGGGAAAGUCGCCCAAACUGGGUCUGCUGAAGAUCUUCCGCCGGCAGUCGUGGACCGGACACUCGUACUCUCCGCUGGACAACCAGGCGUUAGGACCCACGCUGGGGGAGAUCAUGACGCCCGACACCCCCACCAUGUCUCUGAGGAAGAAGAUGAGAGCGUCAGCCUCCAGUCUGACCAAACUGUUCACCAGGUCUAAGGAGGAUGUGAGCAAAGGAGGGCCAAUAGUGAAAGGCUCAGCUCCGACCCCUCCUGAGAGGAAGCGCAGCUCUGGGCUGGAGAGUCCAAAAAAGAGAGCCUCCAAACUCCUGCCUUCUUUUAAAAUACCUGCUUUUAAAAAGAACAAAGAUCUGCUGGUUCGUCCAAACAAAGCUGAAGUUUUCCAGUUAGACGGAGGUGGCGUCCUGCUGGGCUGGAAGCCAGUUCAGACCAGUGACCCCGUCACCUACUGUGUGCAGUACUGCACAGAGG